AUGAACUCGCCACCAGAUCCAGGCUCUCCCAGUGGACUAUCCACCCCAUCAUCAGCGUCCCCACCACCCGAAGAGGUCAACUUUCACCAGUCAAGCGCCCAAUUCAUCGGCAACCUCGCCAGUCAAGUCACCUCAGCCUUCACGGGUGGCAGCUCUUCCAAACGACGGCUUCCGGGCGGUUCAUCGUUCGGGGCUGCGUCGUCCGCACGCGAUCCUAAAUCUCGAAGACGUGGAGAUAGCGGCCGUAAUACUUGGGAAGGAGGAAAGGAGGGCGGCGCUGGGAGGAAGGAGAAAGAUGAACUCCUCGAUACCAAUCUCGUGGAUUGGUUGAGGAAAGAAAUUGGCGAUCCAUUCCAGGAACAGCCCGUAUACAAAUGAACAAUGGUGGUUCCGUCUGCAUUACAUUUUCUCCCCCUGUAACACAAUUAUUUGUAUUUUAGACCAGUUAUGGGACCAUUUAUUUUGGC